GCAUGAUAAAUACGUACUCAUUGUGUUCACUAUCUCUUGUGGCCUCCUCAUACUUGAAGUCUUGUACUUUUUUCUUUUAUUUUUGGAGAAUCAAGUCUUGUACUUGAUUUCUCAAUUUGAGAUCUGAAUUCAAGGCUAUAGAGCCAUGACGGGGGAAAAGAAAACAACGGUUAUGUGGAUCAAGGUCGACCUUCAAUGCCAUCGCUGCCGCAAGAAGAUCAAGGAAGUGCUCUGUAAAUUCCCUCAAAUACAAGACCAGGUGUACGACGAGAAGGGAAACUAUGUGGUAAUAAAAGUGGUAUGUUGCUGUCCUGUAAAGGUAAAGCAAAAGAUAAUUUGCAAGGGUGGUGUUACCAUUAAGAGCAUCGAGAUUAGAGAGAUUGAGAAGACGACCAAGCCACCUGAGAAAGAGAAGCCACCUGAGAAGGAGAAGAAUCCACCACAAAAGAAAGACCCUGAACCGGUUCCAAAGCUUACUCUUGGACCGGUUUGUGUGCCUGUACGGCCGUGUGGAUGUGGGACUUGUUGUACGAAAUGCUGUGGGCGUCGUGGUGGGGGGCCAUGCCUUUGUGGUCAUGGUACUAAGCGAUGGCCUCAUGCUAAACCGGUUCCACCGCCGGUUCCUGUACCUGCAGUGCCGGCUUGCCCGGUUGGGUUUGGAACGUGUUGUACGGAAUGCUAUGAGGGUCGUGAUGGAGGGCCAUGCCAUUAUGGUCAUGAUAGGCCACACCCAUGUUAUGAUGGCUGCUAUUAUGGAAGGCCCGUUUAUGAUAGGUAUGGUGGCGGGUAUAGAUGUGAAGAAACUUUCUCUGGAUGCACCAUCAUGUAGUUUUUAGAGUUUGCAAGCACGCAUGAUGAUAAUGGUAGUCAUGUUCUAGUUGCCUACUUGCAGGAAAAUAAAUAAUGUUCUAGUU